AUAAAAAAGCACAAAGGCGGCUUCUUUGAGUUUGGGUUUCAGUGUGAACGUGGAAAAAGGUAAGAGGUCAGACAAAACCAAACAGUAAAAUUAUUUACAGACUUACAGCUUACAGAGUCAGAGCAGACCUAGUCAAAAGAACCCAAUUAAUAUACAUUUCAAAGUUCUCCAACUGCUAAAUUUCUCUUCUUAUACAUUCAAGUUUUACUUAUUUUCAAAAACAUUCAAUCAAUUCUACAGACUACAGUAGUUUUGUUUUCUGAAUUUCAUACUUCCAUUUUCCUGUAAAAAGAUACAAUCAUUCUCUUUAGAUUAGUGAUCAGUGUUUAGCGUCCAACUUUGUACUUGACAAAAUAAAAAAGUGAGGUAGACAUGGAUGGAAACCCAAUUUCAAUCCCAAACGACAGAAUCAAGUUCAACGUUGGCGGAAAAUUGUUUGAGACUACAUCAACUACGCUCGCCAAUGCAGGGAGAAAUUCCUUCUUUGGGGCACUCUUUGAUCAAGAUUGGAAUCUUCACCACCUUCCCAAUUCCAUUACACAAGCACAACCACAAUCACAAUCACAAUCACAGUCGCAAUCGCAAUCGCAAUCGCAAUCGUUGUUCAUUGAUCGGAACCCGGAAUGCUUUGGGAUUCUAUUAGACCUUCUCCGAACUGGGGAGCUCUACAUCCCACCUCACCUCCCUCAGAACCUCCUUUACCGGGAGGCAGAAUUCUACGGCCUCUCCAACCAUGUUCGUGCCGCCAAGUGGGGCCCUUUUGAUGGUAACUGGCUCCGGCUUACCAGCUCCGUCACUGGUCCAGCUCCCGGUGAUGGAACUGCCAUUCGAGCUGGCCCUGAUGGUGGUUGUGCUGUUGCUCAUGGCUGCAUAGUUCAUGUCUAUGAUUGGAUGCUUCAGGAGCACCCUCCAUUGCAUCUUGAUUACCAGAUUGUCAACGAUGUUGGUUGGUUAGAUGCCAACCACAUUGUAGUCACGGCUUGUGAAAAGCUCGGUCGUGGAGAUGGUGGCAUCGCUCUAUUUGAUGCCUCUAAUGGACACCUCUGUCAUAAGUUCCAAGUCCAGCAUGAGAACCAAGUCAAGAGCUUCACUGCAGGUGCAUUGGCCUUCACUACUUCUGACUCCAACUCUAAGAUGAUUUACUCCAGCUGCAAGGGCCGCAGCAACGAAUAUGGCAUUGGCCUCUGGGACCAGGAGACUGGCCAGCAAGUCGAUUUCUUCUACGAACCCCUUGGAUGGUCUCUUGGGGAUGCUGACAGGCUGCAAUGGCUCCCGGCCUCCAACUGUCUCCUAGUCGCUACCCUAUUCCCAAGGAAAGACAACUGUUAUAUCAGCUUGUUGGAUUUCAGGGCCAAGUCCAUGGUCUGGUCUUGGUCUGACAUAGGGGCCUCUGGUCCAGCCCCCAUUUUGGUGGAUGACAAGCGUGUCAGAGAUGCCAUCGCCAUGGAGGAUGCUAGCUCCAUAUGUGUUGUCAACGAGUUCGAGGAUUUGGGAUUCAUAGACCUCAGAAGCUCCGCUUCCAGUGUCAGAUGGAGCUCUAGAAGUCGACUGGUUAAUGUUAUGAAAGCCAAUAAGAGAAUGCAACAGGCAGAGGAUGAGACUUGCUAUCCUAAGCUAGCCUUACACAACUCUCAGCUCUUCUCUUCUAUGAAUGACUCCAUUUCUGUUUUUUCUGGCCCUGAUUGGGUCUUAACCUCUAGGCUUAGGCGUGGACAUGGCGGUCCAAUCUGCGAUUUUUCCAUCGCUGGGGAUCGACUCUUUGCCCUUCACAGUGAAGAAAAUGUGUUUGAUGUAUGGGAGGCUCCUCCUUCUCCUCCCAUAUUUUGAUUAUUAUACAAAGAGUACAUGUGUGGUGUGUGUAUAUAAUUGUAAGAAUGUUAUAUUUGUCCUCAUGUUCCCCUUCCCUAAACAUUUGUAACAUGAUUGAGUAGCUCAUGAGUCUAUACAGCUGCUGCUGCUUGUACUUAAAAGUAAAUUAGAAAAGAUGACACAAAUUAAAGGCCUAUAUCUGCCAAAAAAAUGGUCUUUUUUUCUAUUUUCUUGUUUAAUUUAAUGGGGGUCACUCUGUGGUACUUGAUGUAGUACUAGUUUCAAAGAAUCUGUUAGCUGAAACAUACCAAUGUGCUAUUGUACAUACUUCGUUCAUUAUUGAACGCAUAUUAAACAGCAUUUUGAUGAAA